UGUGUGAUGCAACUAACUGACUAAGAACCGCAAAAUACACGCUACGACAUGGUACUCAGUGGAAACCUGAAGAACGCUGUCAUAGCAUUCCUGGUUCCUCUUCCUUCCAUCAUCUUCUACCUCUCAUUCCUCGAACAUUAUGAUGACCAGUCAAAUUUCUCAACAAAACUUGAACCUUUUUUGUCAACAUUGUAUUCUUGGUGCUACCACCACCCACUUUUAUUGGUCAAUGCACUCUUCUUCUUCAACGUCAAUGUUCUCUUCUGGAUCAUAGGCCAAUUCCAGCGUAGUCACUGGUUGAUUGAUCCGUAUUGGACAGUGAUACCUGUUAUGCUUGUUCACUAUUAUGCAAGUCACCCUUUGGCACAGUUUGAUUGGUGGAGGUCUUGGAUUGUGGUGACAUUGACUUGGAUAUGGAGUUUAAGGCUCACUCAUAACUACUUCAGGAGAGAGAGAUGGCAAUGGGGUGCGAGGGAGGAUUGGCGUUUCACUGAGAUGAGCCACCAGUAUGGGAAGCAAUGGUGGUGGAUUUCAUUCUUUGCUGUCUAUGUCUCUCAGCAGGUGUUUCUGAUUGGAUUAUCUCUACCCUUAAACAUUGUGCACUCUGUCAAUAAGCCUUUGAGCAUCUGGGACUUGGUCGCCAUCGUCGUCUGUUUAAGUGGCAUCGUCAUAGCAUACUUCGCCGAUACACAGCUUUAUGACUUCGUGAUUAGAAACAACAAACUAAAAGGUCUUGGUAAGCCAAUGGUGCCUGUCCUUGACAGCGGCUUGUGGCAUUACUGUCGCCAUCCGAAUUACUUCGGCGAGCAGUUGUGGUGGUGGGGAUUGGCUCUAUUCUCAUGGAGCCUCGGAUAUCGAUGGAGCUUUCUUGGUGCAUUGGUUAAUACCAUGUGUUUAGCAUAUGUGACUAGGCUUGUUGAGGAAAGAAUGUUGAGGAAAGAAUGGAGAGCAGAAUCUUUUAGGGUGUAUCAGAAGACAACUUCAGUGUGGGUUCCUUGGCUAAAGUCCUAUCCUUCUGCAGCAAAAUAUAAGAAGAGUGCUUGAUUCUUUUCCUUAGUAUAGUGAUUGGUAUCUGGAUUUGUUCUCUGUUGUUGUUUGUUCAAUAGGAUCAUGAGUUGUGUUUGCAUGAGUUCAAUGUAACCAUAUAUAUUUUAACUUGGGUUAUAGACUUGUAUGUAUCUAAGCUACUAUUUAUGCUUUAUUAAAGUUUCAAAGGUUUCACUAGUACAAAACUUUAGUUUAUAA